UCACGCUCAGCUAGCUGGUUUUGUCGUAGCCGUCUUUGCUUUCUUUAUCAUGUCAACGCUCUUCCUCCAGCACAAGACAUAACUGUGGAGUGAGUGCAGCUUCCAGCAAUGUCAGGUUGCUCGACUAUACAUCUAACUUUACCGCAGUGGGACGGCGGCUCACGUAAAAUCCGCUUUAUUUACCUGGUGAACCUGACAUCGUUCAGGCUGACAGACUGUCCCAAUGAGAGUCAGGCGGUUCCUCUCUAUUUAGGAGCCGAUCUCUUCUCCAACACAGACAUCCGUACAGAGAACCAUCCGAGACAUCACGCCAAGUUUGCCAAGAAAGGACUGGCGACCAAAAUAAAUUUUGCCUCAGCAUUCAGGUUUCAUGGGUUGAAAGUGCCUACUGUAAAUAACAGCCUCUGGUUCUACAGCGUUCAAGGACUUUUUCGAGUAGCCUUCGAAAUGUACAGUAAACAAGAGCAGCUUGCUGUACUAGAGAACUUCCAGGAUGUUUGGAAAUCACAGAUAAAUGACAGCCCUCUGAAAAUGAGUUAUAACCUCAGCGUGCAGCUCGACUUUGCACCAUCCAGCAGCUCAUGUGGUGCAGAUUCAAGGAAUGAAAUGCCACAACCUCAGCGAGAGUCGGUGGAUGUAAACAGCGGUGAUACAUCAGCGGAUCAUGAUUACUGUUCUUUUCCCAAGCAGAGAUUACAAACUGAGCAAAACCAAAUAAUAACCACAGUGAGACAGAAACUGCACAGCUUGGAUGACAAACUCUCCUCUGAGACUCAAAGCUACACAGAACUGGAGAUGAUCUUGAUGCUUUUGGAGAACAUCGAUCGGUACAUAAACGGGAACCUGGAAGAAAAGGAUGUGACAGAAACUGUGCUAGCCCUACUAAAGGCCAAAGACUGGGGCUGUGUGUAUUCAAGUUCCCUGCUCAGUUGUAUCGGACGUUGGCUUGGACAGCAGUUUCAUGCAGCCAACAGCAGCAUCAGCCAGAAAGUUGAGGGCUUUAAAGUUCAUCAUAUCGAGCGAAUAAGUGACUUGCCACCUGCUGAGGAACUAGCCACAGAGCUGUUCCCAGAAGCCAUGCAAACUCUGCUGCUUCACUGGAUGGGCUUAAGUGAAGAGUCCACCCUGGAGAAGAGACACAGCGAGUACCCGAUCCUGCUCCUUAUCCUGGAGUUUGCCAACCACAACCUCAUCACUGGGGUGGCUCAUGUGCUGUACUCCAGUCUUAUAUGUAAAUGAUAUAUUUGUAUUUUUGUAUGUGAAGUUGUCUUUCAAUAACCAGGGCAUGGUGACAAUUCAACUGUCAAAUUUCAGUGGAACCAAACAAUCAUGUUUUACAAAAUUUACUGCAAGUAAGUUGUUUGAAAUGCACAAAAUAAAUGACAGUUAAACAAUUAAAUUCAACAUCAAUUUGAUCCUGUAUAAUUUUGGCUUCAUUUGUUACAUUGUAAAUAUAAAUUGAUAUUGGAAAAAUAUUAUUUUAUCCUCAACGCCCAGCUCUAGCUACAACACCGACUCUAUUUGGAAUAAAAUGUAACGACCCACACAGAUAUCACAUAAAAUACAAAUUAAGAUUAAAACCUUAUUCAACACAAAACUAAUUUAUUUCAAGAACAUUUGAAUUAUGUGAUUACUUCUCUCAAAGCACAGUUUAAUCUGUGGCAAUGCUGAAGACAAUAUGUACUACAACCCACUGUUUUGUUUUUUCCCCCAGACGAAUCAGGAGAAAUUAAACUGACGGAUUAAACUGAUUAUGUUAAAUUGA